UUCAUCAUAAUUCAUAAACAUAAAACGUAAUUCAUAUUAUACUUUGAAAGUUGGAUGUUUCAUAUAGUAAUUUGAAAAAAAAUUAAGAAAAGAAAUACAUAAGAAAAGUAUAACGAAGUCUGGUAUAGUUAAAUAAUAUUAAAAUAUGGAAGAAGUUCCGAAGCCAGUAUGUCUCAUAAUAUUAGGAAUGGCGGGAGCAGGGAAAACUUCUUUUACAAAACGACUAGCCGGUAAAAUAGUAAAUGGUUCAAGACCAUAUUUAGUAAAUUUAGAUCCAGCUUGUCGAGAAGUUCCAUACCCUGCUAACAUAGAUAUAAGGGACACAGUUAAUUAUAAAGAGGUCAUGAAACAGUAUGGUCUAGGACCAAAUGGUGGUAUUGUGACUGCACUUAAUUUGUUUUCAACAAAAUUUGGACAAGUUGUUGAUUUGAUUGAGAAAGCUGGAAAGAAACACAAAUACUGUAUAAUUGAUACACCAGGUCAAAUAGAAGUAUUCACAUGGUCAGCCUCAGGUACAAUAGUGACGGAGACAUUAGCAUCAUCCUGUCCUACAGUUGUUGUGUAUGUCAUGGAUACCGUUCGGAGUGUGUCUCCGGUUACAUUUAUGUCUAAUAUGUUGUAUGCCUGCUCUAUAUUAUAUAAGACAAGAUUACCUUUUAUCGUUGUCAUGAAUAAGACGGAUGUAGUAGACAAUAACUAUGCAGUAGAAUGGAUGAGAGAUUUUGAAGCAUUUCAAGAUGCGUUAGAUGCUGAUGGCGACGGAGAAGGGGGCACAUACAUUGGCAACCUCACAAGGUCUAUGGCAUUAGCACUAGAUGCUUUCUAUACAGAUCUGCGCUGCUGUGGAGUUAGUGCACAUACAGGAGAUGGUAUAGAUGAAUUUUUCAAAUUAGUCGAUGAUGCAGCAGAAGAAUAUGAGAAAGAGUACAAAGCUGAUUGGUUGAAAAUGCGUGCAGAAAAAUUAGAACAGAAAAAUAAUGAAGAUAAAUUAAAGAAAAGUGAUAAAGAUGAUUCAGACACAAUUAUUGAUAAAAAUAAACUUAUAGAGGAAGUGCCGGCCGGUCGAGAGAUAAGUGAUAUGUAUUUGAAGCACCCCGGUAAUGACAGUUCCAGCGACGACGAGGGGAUUGAAACUCAGCAGCCAGAGACAGAUGACAAGAGCGAAGAUGUUGCCGCAUUCCAAGAUUUUUUCAUGAAGUAUGUUAAGCAUAACAAUGAAAGUAAAACUUGAAAUAAAUAUAAUCUAUGUUUAUAAAAA